GGUAAUGUUGUUGCCCUUCUGCAUUCUUUUUUCAGCAAUCUCCCUCAAGAAUGGCUAGAAGGAACUCAUGUGAUUGUAAAAAAUCUCCGGCCCAUAAAAUCAGUUGCAAUGCUGAGAAUAGCAUUCCGUAUCAUGGGUCCAUUACUUCCUAGACUAGCAAAUGCUCAUACGUUCUUCAACAAGAUCUUGGCAUUGCUCCUGAAUAUGAUGGUCGAUGUUUUCGGGAGGAACUCAGAACCAUCUACGAGUGCAGGAGCAUCAGAAAUAUCAGAUAUAAUUGAUUUCCUGCAUCAUGUUGUGCAUUAUGAGGGGCAAGGCGGACCUGUCCAGGCUAACAGCAAGCCUAGGCCAGAGGUUCUGGCUCUUUGUGGGAGAGCCAUUGAAAAUCUAAGACCAGAUGUACAGCACCUUCUCUCCCAUUUGUCGCCGGAUGUGAAUUCUUCCAUAUAUGCAGCCACCCACCCAAAGCUGGUCCAAAACCCAUCUUGAUCAUUGGAUCACAGCACAGGUUCCUUGUAUUGCUGCAGAGUAUGCAGUAAAACUCCAGCUCGCCGUCAUGAAACUGCCUGAAUCAAUCAGCUGCAAAAUUUCAGAGUCUGUCUUGGUAGCACGGACGAGGGUGUUGCAGUUCCCUAAAGCUCCAGUAGGCUGAAGUGAACAGAGUGUGCCAUAACUUGUGCAGUAGAUGCAACCGCCGGAACGUUGCUUGUGUGUGCUGCCAUGAACAUGGCGAUUUUGCUGACUGGAUUCUCUGCUGCUGCUGAAUCCAGUGACGUUAGGUGUUGCAUGAAAUUCCGAUGUGUAUAUGUAGACAUGGAUGAAUAAACCAAAGUGCAGUUGUAUUAUUAACUCUUGAUUAGUUAGUUAGUUAGUUGGGAGCACUAAUAAGUAACAACACUUUUUACUGCACAACUAGGUGUCGUCCUAAAUUUACUAUAAUCGCCCUGAAAGGAGCAGAUCUCUCUUGUUGUCGUUCGUGUCUCAAUUUGCACGAUCCAGAAGAACCAACUCAAAUACUC